AUGAGCAGGUGCGGGCAGAGCGCGGCGCGGCGGGGCCAUGGCGGCGCCGCGCUCCUUCAGCGCCGCCGAGGUGCGGGCGCGCUGCGAGCGGGGCGCCUGCCUGGUGCGGUGCCGCCGCCGCCUCUACGACCUCAGCGGCUUCGUCCGGCUGCACCCGGGCGGCGAGCAGCUCCUCCGCCGCCGGGCCGGCACCGACGUGAGCGCCGCGCUCGACGGGCCGCCCCACCGGCACUCCGCCAACGCCCGCCGCUGGCUGGAGCAGUACUACGUGGGGGAGAUGGAGCCCGGCGACGAGCAGAGCCUCCCCGAGCCGGUGGAUGAGAAGGUGGUGGAUGAGAAGGUGGUGGAUGAGAAGGUGGUGGAUGCUGCAGCCCAGAGCCCCAAGCGGAUGGAUCCCCGCUGUAAAACAGUGGACGUGGAGACGGACCUGGUGGACUGGCAGAAGCCCUUGCUGUGGCAAGUGGGCUACCUGGGGGAGAAGUACGACGAGUGGGUGCACCAGCCCGUGGAUCGACCCAUCCGCCUCUUCCACUCGGAUUUCCUCGAGUCCCUCUCCAAGACGGCGUGGUACGUGGUGUUCAUCGUCUGGGCUCCCGUGGUGCUUUAUCUCAGCUGGGUCAGCUACACCUCCCUCGCCCAGGGCAACACCAGGCUCUUCUCCUCCUUCACCACAGAGUACUCCAUCCCCGUCCACAAAUACUACUUCCCCUUCAUCUUCCUCCUGGGGAUGUUCCUGUGGUCCUUGCUAGAGUACCUCAUCCAUCGCUUUGUCUUCCACAUGAAGCCACCCGCUAGUAACUACUAUCUCAUCACCCUGCAUUUCUUGCUGCAUGGGCAGCAUCACAAGUCUCCCUUCGACAGCUCCCGCCUGGUCUUCCCUCCCGUGCCGGCCUCGCUGGUGAUCGCCUUCUUCUACGGCGUCCUGCGGCUCCUGCUGCCCGAGGUGCUGGGGCUCUCGGUGUUCGUCGGGGGGCUCUGCGGCUACGUCGUCUAUGACAUGAUGCACUAUUACCUCCACUACGGCUCGCCGAAAAAAGGCACCUACCUGUACGGGCUGAAGGCUUAUCACGUCAAGCACCAUUUUGAACACCAAAAAUCAGGCUUCGGCAUCAGCACCCGCUUCUGGGAUCACCCCUUCCGGACGCUCAUCCCCGAGGAAACCUUCGAGAAAGAGGACUGAGGGGUCCCGGUGCGGCGCCCGGCUGCCGGCCCCGUCCCUCCCCAGCCCUCCGCGAGGCCGGCUGGCCCCUGAACCUCCCCCCCCCCCUUUUUCCCAGGGGGGCUGUGCCACCGUGGUGGCCCCGGGCUGGAGCGGGCCCGUGGUGCGCUGCGCUCCUGCCAAGGGGGACGGGGCGGGGUGGUGGGGGGGGAUGCGGGGAAAGGGGAGGAGGAGGUUGAGGGGCUCCCUGGGGGGGGCUCCUGCCCCUUCCUCGCCGCCCUCCCACUCCAGGCUAUGGAUGUGAGGGCAGGUUUGCUGCCUGAGAGAUGAAGUGCCUGAUGCCACCCUCCCUCCUCCGUCCUGGCACCUUGCCGGAGCCCCCCCACCCCCCACCCCGCCAAGCCCCUGGCCCUCCUGGGGCGCCCCCUCCCCGGGGCAUCCAACACGCUGCAGUUAACCCCAUCACCUAACGCAGGCCGAGGGGCUGCCGUAUCCCGGCUCCUGCUCCCGGCCCGAUCCCAGCCCAGGGUUUUCCCAGCCUGCAGCCCUUGGCGUGGGGAUCCCGCGGGUCUGGAUUUUGCCAUUUUCUAACCCGUGCGCCCCUAUCUCCCUGCCAGAUUUACCAAGUUCAUGGUUUUUGUAGACAUUGGCUACUUGAAACUCAAACUUCAAUGAACAGAAUUGCUACGAGAUGCCUUUUUUUUGCUGAUCCUGUGAUUGUUUUUUUGUUUUGUUUCUUUUUUUUUUUUUUUUCUAAUGUUUACUGCAGAUAUUUAAAGGUUUGGAAUAAAGUUAUACAUAAAACUGUAGACACUACAAUUGUAAAUAAACUGUAUAUUUUGAAAAAUAAAGCCUUUUAAAGAGGG